AUGUUUAUUCGGCGCUCGCACGACGCCGCGAACGAGCCCGCGCGAGACGCGCGAGGGGCGAGCGUGGAUGAGGCGAAGAAUAAUCUUUCAAAGUUUGAAAACGCGUCCUCGACCGCCUCGCGCGCGACGCCGGUGAUGCGCAAGCGUGAACGUGUCGUGGAGGCGGGCGAGAUCGAGAAACGCACGGAGGCGGGCGAGAUCGAGAAACGCACGGAGGCGGGCGAAGACGCGUGCGCGUUGACGCCGAGCGAGACGGACGAAGGGGGGGUCUGGGGCCGCGGCGGAAAGCGAAGGUCGACGAGCGGCACGGGAACGAAGAGCUCGGUCGAGGGUGGGAGCGAUGGGAUCGACGAGGUUGUCGAGGGUGGGACGAGUGGAACGCCGAAGGAGGCGGAUGGGAAAGCGGGCGGUGGGUCGCACGGGAUAGGGAAGGAUUUGAAACGCGUGGCGGACGCGGAGCUGGCAAAGCUCGAUUUGAAAAAGAAGAGCGGUUCCCCGAGCGAUGCGUCGCGCAAGCUGCGAGUGAUGAAGCUGUACGUUGAAUCCGCUAUUCACUUCGUCGACGCAGCGGCGAGAAGGUCCGACGAACUGGCGAGGCGAGAUAACUUUCGCGACGAUGUACAGUUUGCGCGAUACGUGGACAAGGUGUGUUCGAUGUGUUACGCCUCGGAAGUCGGCGAUGUCGAUUUCAAGUUUCGGUGCACUGCCUUGCGUGCGCUGACGUCGCGACUCGCCUGCGCCUGUGCGGCGCGCGUUCUGAGGUAUUCUGAGCGCGAGCUCGAGGUUGCAGCUGAAGACGUGGAGAAAGGACGUGAAUCCGCCGAGGCGGUUCUGGUGAGAGGUGUCAAGGACGCGAAAGUCCUGACCGAGUGCAUGCGCCAGGCGGCGUCGCACGUCAUGAACAUGAAAUCGCUCGUCCCCAGACAUCGUGACGAUGCCGUUCGAGUGUGUGAGAUCAUCAUGGACUUCGCCUCUGACUGCGGUAGCGCACAACGAUGCGUAGAAAUCGCCGACGAAGCGCACGAGGCUCUGGAGAAGAUAACGUCGAUGAAACCGCUGUGA